GGAAGUGGACUAAACCACCAAAGAUUCCCGCAGAUUCGAUACCGAUUGUCCCAAUGUGACUAACGUAUUCACGCCGGGCCUAAAACGUUUGGUAAAAUAUUUUUGGGAGAUAUUUGACCUGAUAAUGCUGGAUGGUUGCUCUCAUGAAAUUCACCAGGGACAUAUGCAGGCUUUUGGGACUCGGGAGCGCAGGCCCCCCUGUCCAGGAGCAGGAGGAGGAGGAACACAUGGACUGUGGCAUCGCAACCCCUGACCCAAAUGAUGAUACCACUUUGUCACAGGAUGGACUAAAUGGAGAGGAGGACCUGAGUGAGGAGGAGAAAGUGAGACGAAAGGCAGAACGACGUAGAGCUAAGAGGAAGCGUCGUCGAAAACGGAAGAAGCAGGAGCAGGUUAAACAAAAUGAAAGUGCUGAACAGGAUGAUGAGGACGAGGAUGGGGGCGCAGAGUCUGAGUUGGACGAGAGCGAGUCGGAGGCAGAAGAGGUGAAAGAUGUACAAAAAGACGAGAAAAAGGAGGCAAAGUCAACCGCAUCAAACAAGUAUACAACCACUGCAGUCACUGCUUCUUCAGGCAUCAAAGGACAACAGAAGACACAAACCAGAUCUGCUGAAGAGGAACCAGAGUGGGAUGUGAGCAGUGCCUUUUUCGCCAAUGCUGCUAGCCAUAUUAAACCCAAAGGAUCCAGUCGCAAAUCUAAAGAAAACAAGGAGAACGAGGCCAGGAGAGAGACAAAUGGAACUGACACCAUAACAAAGAAAAGCGCGUCUCUAACAGAAAAAGGGAUAAAGCUGGUGCAGGAGGGGCAGUACGCACAAGCAGUCAGUAUGUUUACAGAAGCCAUCAAAUGUGAUCCAAAGGAUUAUAGGUUCUUUGGGAAUCGCUCUUAUUGCUACAUCUGCUUAGAGCAGUACCCUCAAGCCUUGGCAGACGCUGAGCGCUCCAUUCAGCUGGCACCAGACUGGCCCAAAGGACACUUCCGCAAAGGCAGUGCUCUCAUGGGCAUGAAGAGGUACAGUGAGGCAGAAAAGGCCAUGGAGCAGGUGCUUAAACUGGACAAAGACUGUGAGGAGGCAGUAACUGACCUCUUUAACUGCAAAGUGCUGCAGUUAAUGGACCUAGGUUUUGAAGAAAUGCAAAGUGUCCUUCUGCUGGAGAAAUUUUCAACUGUGCAGGCGGUUAUAGCAUCUUGUUCGGAUGCUGUCAAAGCUGCCAGCCAAGAUCCACAACCAGGAAGCCCUUGCCCAUCUCUCUGGGUUGGAAAUGUGACAACAGAGUUAACUGAGAAACACCUAUGGGACCUUUUUAAAAUGUGUGGUGAAAUAGAGAGUAUCCGUGUGCUGCAUGAGAGAUUCUGUGCCUUUGUAAACUUCAAAAAUGCAACCAUGGCUGCUCGAGCCAUGGAGAAACUAAAUGGUUAUUGUAUUGAGAAUACACGUUUAGUGGUGCGCUAUCCUGACCGUCGCACUCAGAGGGUUCUUCCCAUUCCACUUAAGACCUGUAUUCCUGUCACACAGCAGGCAGGGGCAGCUGCUGGACCUAGACGGCGUGGCCCAGUGAACGGAGACGAGUGUUACUUCUGGAGAACUACCGGCUGCCAUUUUGGGGACAAAUGUCGCUAUAAACACAUUCCUGAUCAGAAAGGCAAGGACAGGAAACCCUGGCAGCCUUGAACUCAGUUUAUCCUCUGACUCAGUAGUGUGCAGGAUGUCAGACUAGGCUAAAUGAACCGGUACAAACUGGAUCUGGUUCUCUGGGCUAAAAUAUUCCCCCUGGCAGAGUGGACCAUGAUAAAAUUAGAGAAAUAUGUGCCUCAAAGGACUGACAACAUCGUUGUUAUUUCAACCGAAGUUUUUUACUCACAUGUAUGACAUUAACUAGAAAGAACAACACAUUUUGGUGCAGGUUGGAAUAAAAACUGUUCUCAGCAGUUUGUGGCACAUAAAAAAAACCUGUCCUCUCUCUAAGCGAUACAACCUCACAGGCCUACAGCUGCAAUUUAUCUAUUGGAUUUCCCCCAAAACAAGGAAGUGGAAUAGCCUUGGACCACUUCUGGAAAAAAAAAAAAAAAAACCUCGUGGAUCUGUA